AGAAAAGAAUAGUUUUGCAAGAACUUUUAAUUAAAGAAAUAGAGAUUAUUUUGAAAAGUUUUUGAAAGUUUUAAAAGAUUUAAAGAAUAUUUAUAAAAAAAUUAAAAGAAUUUUGUAAAAGUUUUUUUAAAAAGUGAAUUUAAAGUGAAAUUUAAAGUGUGUGUGCAAAGAUUUUUACGAUUUCGUGAAAAAGUUUUCUUAAUAUUUUUUCAUUAUUUUCAAGGAUAUUUGUAACCUACCCCACUUUUUCCAUGGGUUUUUAUUAGAACAAAUCAGAAAAAAAGAAAGAAAAAACGACAAAAUAUCAACGUCAUUUUUACACACGCACAUUGGAAUUACAAUUUCUUAGCAUUAGACUUUAAAAGGAUACUAAAAUAACAGGAUUUAAUUAAAUCCUUAAGUGUGUUUUUAAAAAAAUUUAAAUAUUAAAUCAAUAAACAACUUUAAAUUUUAAUUUGCUAGAAAAAACUGUUAACUUUACACGUUGCUAAGCAAAACAUUAGAAUCCUUAAUUAUUGCCAUAUGUUUGCAAUUAUUUUUUGAAAAUUUUCGAAUAGAAUUGUUUUAGGAAAUCCAACAUUAUUAAGGCCAUUAUGUAUAAAACCAUAAGGCACGGUGAGAAUAGUUUGCAAUAUACGAUUUUACCGCAAAAUGAUGAUUUUCGAUUGGAGGACAAAAUAAAGGCGGCCUCAGGUGGGGGUGGUGGGGGUAUAAAGAAAUCGAAAACUAAAAAACCCAAAAGAAGAUCCUUUUUUGCCUAUUUGGGUCUGCUGUUUGUGUGCACCGUUAUUAUAGGGGCCGUUUUGGUGCCUUUUCUAGUGUCCGCCGAAUGUCUACCUAAUCCUACGGAAUGGUUUCUAAAAACUAAAAAUGCUUUUAGCCCUAAACCUUUGGAACUUAAGGAUCAUGUGCCCACUCAUUUAUCCACACAAAAUAAUAUCCUUAUAAAUAAAGGCAAUUUGGCUUUAAAUGUUGGUAAACCGGUGAAAAUUAUCAAUAAAGAUGGUGUUGAAAAGUUUAUUUUGAAAGUUAAUAAGUCACUUAGCACAGAAGCUCCUAACCAGCUAACUGCUAAUGUAAACAACUCUAAUAAAGAUCUACAAAGCUCUACAACUGACAAAAUUUCCAUAACACAUUUAAACCUAAAUGCAGACACCAGCUCAACACAACCCUCUGCCACAGAAUCGAAAACAGCUGAUGCUAAUCUUCUUAAAACCCCAAUAACUCAAACUACUUUAAGUCAAGCAGCCACUACUACCGUUGCUGCUGCUGCCACCACUACCCCCCUUCCCACUACUCUCUCAACAUUCCUCAAUCGUCCUUUGUCAUCGGCCUCUGCUGUACCCAGCGUACCGAGAGCCUCUUUACAGUCAGCUUUAAAUCAAAAUAUCAAUAGUUCUUCAACACAACCCACUAUUACGACACGUAUAAUGCAGGUGCCUCUUUUAAAAUCGACCGCUAAGAAACCUGCUAUACCACCAGUUUUAGUUAAAAAUCUCUCACCUAUACAACCUACACCUGAUAAUAGUAAUUUAAAUGAUAUUUUACCCGUUAAAACGUUGGAAAGUGUUAAUGGACAUGGCAAGGAUGAAAAAAAUUCAGAUUGGAUACAUUCUCAUUGGCCGUAUAUAGAUCCGUCGACAUAUUUUCAAUGGAAUGUAAGUACGAAAUAUUUGAUAUCAAACUAAAAAAAAACGAUUAUAGGA